AUCUGAAACAACAACAAACCUUCUGAGAUUUCGCCAGAGUUAAAGAGAGAGAGAGAACGAUCCAGCGGUUGAGAUGUUCUUACGUGCAAUCGGACGGCCACUGUUGGCCAAAGUGAAGCAGACGACAGGGAUCGUCGGCCUCGACGUUGUGCCGAACGCGAGGGCGGUGCUGAUCGAUCUCUACAGCAAAACCCUAAAGGAGAUCCAAGCCGUGCCGGAGGAUGAAGGAUACCGAAAAGCGGUGGAAUCGUUCACGCGCCACCGUCUCAGUGUAUGCAAAGAAGAAGAAGACUGGGAGGCGAUCGAGAAGCGUCUUGGCUGCGGUCAGGUGGAGGAGCUCAUCGAAGAGGCGCGAGACGAGCUCACACUCAUUGCCAAAAUGAUCGAAUGGGACCCUUGGGGUGUUCCGGAUGACUACGAGUGUGAAGUGAUUGAAAACGAUGCACCGAUUCCAAAGCACGUUCCUCAGCACCGACCUGGUCCUCUUCCUGAGGAUUUCUACAGAACCCUUGAAGGUCUUCUCUCGGAGUCCAAAACAAAGAUCCCAGCUGCUAGCUCUGCUGAUGCGCAGCUGAAGGAGUAACUUCCAGUAUUACUUUGUUUUGUACUUCUUGCUUUUUUUUUGGGGCUAGUGUUUGUUUCUGAGGCCAACUAAGAAAAUUGCGUAAUAAUUUUGGAAAACAAUAGCAAUGUCACUCUUUUCAUAAAUGUUUUAUCAUUCUUCUCAAAAACCAAUGAUAAUACAAAUGAUGUUU